AACUUCCUCUGAAAACAACACCACGUGUGUGCAGGGAAUGAAUGGUUUCUGACAGCCUUUCCACAUCCACAUUCAAAGUCGUUAAGAGCUAAACCUACCGUUUACUGAGCAACGGUUGUGUUCGUUUAAAACUGCAGAGCACGCGGGUUCUGAAGAAGGUACGUUGAGGGUCCGCCAACGGUUCUGAACGAAGUUAACCGUUAGGUACGGUUCUCACCAUGAGUUUUGUGGAGUACUCGGAUUGCAUUCAGGAUGGGGAUGUCGCCAUCGUGUACCUGGGCCAUGAAUCCAUGACGCCAGUGAAGGUGAAACGGGGCGCCCAAACACAGACGCGUUAUGGAGUCAUUCGCCACUCCACAGACCUGAUCGGUCAGCGGUACGGGUCAAAGGUCACCUGCAGCAAAGGUGGCUGGGUGUACGUGCUUCACCCCACACCUGAGCUGUGGACCGUCAACCUGCCGCACCGCACACAGAUUCUCUACACCACCGACAUCGCCACCAUCACCAUGAUGCUGGAGCUGAAGCCGGGGAGUGUGGUCUGCGAGUCAGGGACGGGCAGCGGCUCCCUCUCCCACGCCAUCCUGAGAACCAUCGCCCCCACAGGACACCUGCACACCGUGGAAUUCCACCAGCAGCGAUCGGAGAAGGUGUUGGAGGAGUUCAAGGAGCACCGCGUGGAUCACCUGGUCACCGUCAGGAACCAGGACGCGUGCAAAGACGGGUUCGGAGUGACGGGGGUGGCGGACGCCGUCUUCCUGGACAUCCCCAGCCCCUGGGAGGCCGUGAGACACGCCAAGGCUGCGAUGAAGAAACACGGAGGCCGGGUGUGUUCGUUCUCUCCGUGCAUCGAGCAGGUUCAGAAGACGUGCGAGGCGUUUUCCGAUCAAGGUUUCGAGGACAUCAACUCCAUAGAGGUCCUGCUGAGGGUCCACGACGUGCGGACCGUCUACUUGCCGCUGCCGGACUUCGGCCCGGACCCCUCUGCUCAGAUUCAGCCUGACUCCACCAUAACACCGCCUCAAAACCACGCCUCCAUCGCCGUUAAGACCACCAUCCCGCCCAGAGAUGUACAAGGGCACACAGGGUACCUCACCUUCGCUACCAAGCCCAGGACCUAAUUAUAAUUUAUUUACACCACAAGUACACAGGAUGUAUUUUAUAAUCUGGUCGCUGUGCUUCGCUCUAAUGUGCUUUCAUGUACAUUAAUGAGGCGGUGAUAAUCCAGCGGAGGCACCAGGCUCCUCCAGGUCCGGCUGGCACUGCAGCAGCGAGAGGAUUUACACUUUGUGUUACAUCAUUUCAUCCUCCCGUCACUUGGCACCAGGUUUGUUGCUUGCAUCAAGCACGAGUGAAUCCAUUUCCUUUGAGAAGAGUGGACUACACUUCAUGUCUUCCCUUUUUAUAAAACAUUUCAUUUUACAUUUGUUGGGGGACAACAUUUUCUUUCUCCAUUUUGUGCACUUUUGUAUUCAAGUAAAUACAAUAAAUGUAUAAAAAGAU